AUGGAAACUCUUGGCCAUGUGCAGCUGUGCCUGGACGAAGGGGAAGCCAUCCGAAUAGCACAAGUUACAGAUGUGCAUCGCUUCCCAGAGAAUGUCACAUACUGGGAUUGUCCUAAAGGUCGAAGGAUUGACUUGACCAGUCGCGCUUACAGCACGACUGGUGAUGUCGAGCUCCUGCAAGUUGUUUUGGGCCGAUGCCAACCUCACCUGAUCGUGUUUACAGGCGACAUCAUUGAUGGACGACCCUUUGACACAGUCGAUUCUUCGGCCUGGAGGGCAACGUUCCUGAAGCUCCUUGAGCCCGUCAUUCAAGCCGGGCUGCCUUGGACCUACAUCCCUGGUAACCACGAUGACGACAGUGCACCAUGGGGCCGAGCAGACCUGCUGCAGAUCUACGAUCUUCCUGGCUGCGCAUCGCACGGUUCGAAGAGUUUCAACCACACCUUUACAAUAGGCCCGGGCACGACCCCGACUGCCACAACAUCCUUGCGAUUGUGGCUCUUUGACUCCGGGGGCAACAGCCCGGAUCCUUCAAUUGGCUAUGAAACCUUUGCUAUCGAUGCGGUGGAGGCAUGCAAGGAGUUGUCAGCAAAGCUUGCACCAUGUCCUGGCUUGGCGUACUUUCACAUUCCGUUGCCAGAAUACGGGAAUCUGGUGCCAGUGCAUGGUACUCAAGGACUGUUCAGCGUCCUUUUGGGCGCCAAAGGGCCUGUAUUGGCGAGCUUCUGCGGCCAUGAUCACGCUAGCGACGAGCUUCGGCUGGCCAGAUGCCGUAAGUCCGUAAGUCAUGUGAAGGAAGAUGUCCUGAGCUUGUUGCAGCUCAGGCGAUAUUUCAAAAGAAUGGGCUUUAUUUGUGCUAUGGCCGAGCAGCUGGGCUGCAGCAGAAGUGGGGCGUCUCUGUUUUCCGGGACGGCGGAGCAUGUGGGAUGUGCUGGUUCCUGGAAGUAUGUUUGCCGUUGGCGCAGCCGAAAUGAAUUGGAUCGUUGGGAGGUGAGUGGAAGAACGCCUCCCAUUGAUUGGGAAGGUGAUGCCCCUUUGCCGUUUGUUGAGUACUCUGCCGGAGCAUGCAGAUUGGUGACCUGGAUCGAAGUAGAGACUGGUGAGGAGCCAGGUAGCCGCUGUACCCUGGACGUGAGAUGUGCAUGCGGAUGCUUGGAGACAACGACUACUGGUACAGCACGCGGUGACAGCUGGGUGCAAGUUGGUGCAGGCAAAGGAUCCUACGAGAGAGUCACGAGCCUGAAGUUCGUCGGAGCUGGCAAGGGAAGCAUUGACAAGGAGGUAGUUGUCUCUGGUCGCUUUGGUGGGGUGUUUGGCGCAGUGGUAUGCGCAAUGAUGGUUCCAGUCGUGAUAGGCUUGCUAUGGAUCCUUCUUCUUUCCAGAGCACCUGGACGAGACACAGGGCUUGACGUCGAUGUCCCUGUUCCUCCUUCUGUACCAGACUGCGUGGAUGGGUUCAGUGAUUGGAAACACCGCUGGGACAAAGACACGAAGGAGUAUUGCUGUCUGCACCAUCAGAGAGGUUGUGCCGAGCCAAAAGUGAAGUACGUUCCGAAGGUGGUAUAUCAUGACGAGUCGAUCCCAGUCCCAGUCAAAGUUCAUGUUCGGGUUCCAGUGCCGACUGUGGUGUCCAAGAACGUUGUCGUGGAGGAGCCGCCGCCGUACACUUGCAACGAAGAGUCACCUCUAGAAGGGUGGACUUCGCGACAUCGGCGCUACUGUUGCUACCUAAAGAAGCUCGGAUGCCGUCCGCAGAUCGUUAACCACAAUGUGUAUCACAGAGUUGUCAAGGUCAAGAAAAUCAAGGUGCCGCACUACUUGCCGCCCAAAGCCGCAGAGACAAAAAUCAAGUACAAGACUAUCCCGUAUCCAGUGCCUGAAGUUCCCAAAGUUGAGGCCGUCACAGUGCCGGGCAAGGUCAUUGUGAGGACCAGGUAUGUCGAGGUGCCGAAGUUUGUGCAUGUGCCAACGCCUGGUGAUGUUGAGGUCGUGCGCAAACCUGUGGCCGUAUCAGUGCCUUCGGAGCCAAUUUACGUGAAGAUGCCUCCCGAGUACCCUAGUCGCCCUAGUCACCACCGUCACUACGACUGCGAUGCUGGAUACUCCAACUGGUACUUCGGUUGGUCGAAGGUUAAGAAGAGGUGGUGUUGUGGCCACGAGGACAAGGGAUGCCCAGGGACAUGGCAUGGAAGUCUUCACAUCCAUCAUGUUCACAUUUCGCAUGGUGUUGGCGUUGCCACCGGGAAGAUCUAUGACUGUGAUGCUGGUUUCUCGAAUUGGCUUCAAGGUUGGUCUGAUUCCAAAAAGAAGUGGUGUUGCAGUCACAAGGACAAGGGGUGCCCGAAGUACUACUGUGAUGACGGGGAAAGCCACUGGGGCACGGAGAAAAGGACCUGGUGCUGUGCCAACUUCCAGAAGGGGUGUCAAAGAACCACGUUGUCGCCCCUUGGUUGCGAGGCACCGUGCACUUUGAACGGGGAGACGUCGACGUGCAAGAGCCGCAUGCAGUGGACGCGGGGGAAAGUCUUCCAUGACUCGGCGAACGCCUGUUCUCUUGCCUACAGCAAAGUACAGGUGGAGUGCGACGUGUGCAGAGCCUGCACCAUCCAAGAGGCUGGCUGCGACGUGCAUGUGGCCACAUCGGCGGCCUUUGAUUGCGAUGCAGCUUUCAACAACUUCUUCAGAGCCUGGUCGCCUGCAAAGAAGCAAUGGUGUUGCACUGUGAAGCACAAAGGCUGCGAGGGGAGCUCCCCGCCGGAUGUGGAUGCAGGAUUCGGCAUGGUUUGGAAGAGAGUCCAAGUCAACGGGUACUGGGUCUGGGUUGCUGAGCAUGCUGGAGGCGUAAGCUUGCCAUACGACUGCCAUGCUGGCCUCGUGCAUCACCUCACUGGUUGGUCACAAGGAAAGAAAACUUGGUGCUGCCAGAAUCAGCACUUGGGCUGUGGAGCAUCCACGGUGACACACGUGACGCAUGUGCAUGUUUUCCACAGCCACGGUGGAGGAGGUGGAGGCGGCGGAGGAGGAGGAGGGGGAGGAGGUGCAGGCUGGGGCCACGGCAAUCCACCGGGCAUCGCGGCGGACGGGAUGGUUUGGCAGUGGCAUCAUCAUCACUGGGUCCAGGUCCACGCAGGCAGCUUCGCCUUUGACUGCGGUGCAGGUCUCGCAAAAUGGCGUGCUGGUUGGUCAGCUCCAAAGAAGCACUGGUGCUGUCACCAUGUCGGGGUGGCAUGCUUGUAA